GCUCGGCUCCCAGAGACCCAGGAGUUGGGCCCAGCGUCCCUCCCGGAACGUAGAGACAGGGUUUCACCAUGUUGGCCAGGCUGGUUUCGAACUCCUGACUUCGUGAUCCGCCUGCCUCGGCCUCCCAAAGUGCGAGGAUUACAGACGUGAGCCACUGCACCUGGCCCGACUCGUGAUAUUUUACGCUUGCAUGGCAGCAUGAUCCCCGUGGCCGAGUUCAAGCAGUUCACGGAACAGCAGCCUGCAUUCAAGGUGCUCAAACCCUGGUGGGACGUGCUGGCCGAGUACCUCACCGUGGCCAUGCUCAUGAUCGGGGUCUUUGGCUGCACCCUCCAGGUGACACAGGACAAGAUCAUCUGUCUACCCAAUCAUGAGCCCCAGGAGAACUUAUCAGAGGCCCCCUGCCAGCAAUUGCUGCCUCGGAGGAUCCCUGAGCAGAUGGGGGCCCUGCAGGAGGUUAAAGGCCUUAAGAACAAUUUGGACCUGCAGCAAUACAGCUUCAUUAACCAGCUGUGCUACGAGACGGCCCUGCACUGGUAUGCCAAAUACUUCCCCUACCUCGUGGUCAUUCACACACUCAUCUUCAUGGUCUGCACCAGUUUCUGGUUCAAGUUCCCUGGCACCAGCUCCAAGAUCGAACACUUCAUCUCCAUCCUGGGCAAGUGUUUUGACUCUCCAUGGACCACAAGGGCCCUGUCCGAGGUCUCUGGGGAGAACCAGAAGGGCCCAGCAGCCGCCGGACGGGCCUCGGCCACCACAGUGGCCACGGCAGGGGCCGCGCCGGGGAAGGCAGGGGAGGGUGAGAAGGAGAAAGCGCUGGCGGAACCGGAGAAGGUGGUGACCGAGCCUCCAGUUGUCACCCUGCUGGACAAGAAGGAGGGUGAGCAAGCCAAAGCCCUGUUUGAGAAGGUGAAGAAGUUCCGUGUGCACGUGGAAGAGGGUGACAUCCUGUACACCAUGUACAUCCGACAGACGGUGCUGAAAGUGUGUAAGUUCCUGGCCAUCCUGGUCUACAACCUGGUCUAUGUGGAGAAGAUCAGUUUCCUGGUGGCCUGUAGGGUGGAGACGUCAGAGGUCACGGGCUACGCCAGCUUCUGCUGCAACCACACCAAGGCCCACCUCUUCUCCAAGCUGGCCUUCUGUUACAUCUCCUUCGUGUGCAUCUACGGACUCACCUGCAUCUACACGCUCUACUGGCUCUUCCACCGGCCCCUCAAGGAGUACUCCUUCCGUUCCGUGCGGGAGGAGACUGGCAUGGGGGACAUUCCUGAUGUCAAGAACGACUUCGCCUUCAUGCUGCACCUCAUUGAUCAGUAUGACUCCCUCUACUCCAAGCGCUUCGCCGUCUUCCUGUCCGAGGUCAGUGAAAGCCGUCUAAAGCAGCUCAAUCUCAACCACGAGUGGACGCCCGAGAAGCUUCGACAGAAGCUGCAGCGCAACGCCGCAGGCCGGCUGGAGCUGGCCCUCUGCAUGCUUCCGGGACUGCCCGACACCAUCUUUGAGCUCAGUGAGGUGGAGUCACUCCGGCUGGAGGCCAUCUGCGAUAUCACCUUCCCCCCGGGGCUGUCACAGCUGGUGCACUUACAGGAGCUCAGCUUGCUCCACUCGCCCACCAGGCUACCCUUCUCCUUGCAGGUCUUCCUGCGGGACCACCUGAAGGUGAUGCGCGUCAAAUGCGAGGAGCUCCGCGAGGUGCCACUUUGGGUGUUUGGGCUGCGGGGCUUGGAGGAGCUGCACCUGGAGGGGCUUUUCCCCCAGGAGCUGGCUCGGGCGGCCACCCUGGAGAGCCUCCGGGAGCUGAAGCAGCUCAAGGUAUUGUCCCUCCGGAGCAAUGCCGGGAAGGUGCCAGCCAGUGUGACUGACGUCGCUGGCCACCUGCAGAGGCUCAGCCUGCACAACGAUGGGGCCCGACUGGUUGCCCUGAACAGCCUUAAGAAACUGGCGGCAUUGCGGGAGCUGGAGCUGGUGGCCUGCGGGCUGGAGCGUAUCCCCCACGCGGUGUUCAGCCUGGGCUCACUGCAGGAACUUGACCUGAAGGACAACCACCUGCGCUCCAUCGAGGAAAUCCUCAGCUUCCAGCACUGCCGGAAGCUGGUCACGCUCAGGCUGUGGCACAACCAGAUCGCCUAUGUCCCUGAGCACGUGCGGAAGCUCAGGAGCCUGGAGCAGCUCUACCUGAGCUACAACAAGCUGGAGACCCUGCCCUCCCAGCUCGGCCUGUGCUCGGGCCUCCGUCUGCUGGAUGUGUCCCACAACGGGCUACACUCCCUGCCACCCGAGGUGGGCCUCCUGCAGAACCUACAGCACCUGGCCCUCUCCUACAAUGCCCUGGAGGCCCUGCCGGACGAGCUCUUCUUCUGCCGCAAGCUUCGGACGUUGCUUCUGAGUGACAACCAGCUGAGCCAGCUCUCGCCCCACGUGGGUGCCCUCAGGGCCCUCAGCCGCCUGGAGCUCAAAGGAAACCGCUUAGAGGCGCUGCCUGAAGAACUUGGCAACUGUGGGGGGCUAAAGAAGGCGGGGCUCCUGGUGGAAGACACCCUUUACCAGGGUCUGCCGGCAGAGGUGCGGGACAAGAUGGAGGAGGAAUGAAGCCGGGGUGGGGCCGUUUUAGGUAGAGCCUUAAAAAUGCUUC